UCGCCGUCUCUUCUUCAAUUUGGCCUUUAAGUGGUAGACUGGAGCGAAAACAGAGUAAAAAAAGGUUGAACCAUGCCCGAAGAAGCAGAAGAAGUCAUCAAUUUAAGAUCUCAAAUAACUUUUCUUCAGAACAGGGUCAAAGAAUUGGAGGAAGAGAAUGCAAAGUUUUCCUCUCGACUCUCAAGCUGUCGCUGUAACGAGUUACAAGAGAAAAGGCCUAAAGAAAAAUGUGAAAAUCUGGGAGAGGAGAGAGGAGAAAUGAAUUCUGGGAGCAAGAAGAGUGGAAGAAAGAAAGCCACGUCUAGAACGCCAGGUUAUGAUACAAGGUUCCUGAAUCACCAUCCGAGGAGAUAUGUUGCUCUUAAAGUCAUGUAUUUUGGUCAAAGGUUUUAUGGUUUUGCUUUGGAGGCACAAAUGGAUCCCACAGUUGAGUCUGAGAUUUUCAAGGCUCUUGAAAAGACAAGACUUUUAAUUGGUGAUAAGAAGGAAAUACAGUACUCGAGAUGUGGUAGAACAGACAAGGGAGUUUCUGCUAUUGGGCAAGUGAUUGCACUGUAUUUACGAUCCAAACUCAAGGGCAGUGAUGCACACAACAAACAUUCAGGGGAGACUGUUCCAGAAGAACAGGAUGGUCAGCCAGAAGGGGAAAUUGAUUAUGUGAGAGUGUUGAAUGGAGUCCUUCCAAAAGACAUCCGGAUUGUGGGCUGGUGUCCUGUUCCAAGUGACUUCAGUGCAAGGUUCAGCUGUUUGAGCAGGGAAUAUAAAUAUUUCUUUUGGAAUGACAAUUUGAACCUCUUGGUUAUGGAGACCGCAGGUAAGAAGCUUAUUGGGGAACAUGACUUCAGAAACUUCUGCAAGAUGGAUGCAGUGAAUGUGCACAAUUAUAGGCGAAAUGUGAUGUCAUUUGAGAUCUCUCCUUGUGAUAUGAGAUUUGAAGGGCAUCAACUUUAUGCUAUAAAAAUUAAAGGCAGUGCUUUCCUGUGGCACCAAGUCCGGUGCAUGGUUGCUGUGCUAUUUAUGAUUGGCCAAGGUCUUGAAUCCCCUGAAGUAAUAGAUGCAUUACUGGACACCAGGACACUGAGGAAACCCCAGUAUCUCAUGGCUCCUGAAAUUCCGUUGGUUCUUCUAUCCUGUGAGUUUGAAGGUCUCAAGUUUUCGUGUUCUUCAGAUGCUGGACAAGCUCUGCAUGUUCACUUGGAGAAUGAAUGCCGACUUUACCAUCUCCAGGCUGCCAUCUUUCAAGAGGCUCUGUUGAGUCAUUUGCCUUUGUCAAUUGGUGCAGAAAAUAAAGACUCAUCUAGCAAUGGAGUGACAAGAAAAAAAGCUUCCCAUAUUCCCCUCAUGUCAAGGGCAACUGAGCCAUCAUAUGAAGAGCGGCGUGCUAAGCUGGAAACAGCGAAGUUAAGAGCUUGAUAACCAGUCAGCCAGAGCUGGGAGAGUUUAAUGCAGCCCAAUCCUGCAGGUUAUACACUUUCCAUUUCUAGCCGGCUUCUGUAGGAAAAUAAAAUAAUGUGAUUGCAAUGCUGGCUAAUAUUACAGUGUAUUCAAAUAAAAGAUUUAUGGGAGACCACAUCUUGCUGGAAAACAGUUGUUUCUUUUCUCAUAGACAGCCAUGGAGCGGUCCUACGAAUCUAGCCAAUACUUGGUGGUGUGCACUUCAUUUAGCAAUAGACAUUCUUUUAGCUGAAAAAGUCAUUUUCACAACCUUCAGAAGUGGAGCUCGUAAAUCUUAGAUGGUGAUAUAGCUUCCUCGGCAAAAUUGUUGUUUGAAUCAAGACCCAGAAACUUCGGCCGAUGGUCCACAGGAUGGGAAAGACAGGCAAGAGAUUGGGUGCUCCCACUCACUUUUAAUUGUUCGCGCCAUGGUUGAUUGUCAAUUUUUCCUUUUUAGAUUCUUCAAACUUUUUCUUAUUUACAUUUUUGUCACUAGAUUUCAAUUUUUUUUUUAAUUUCAUCAUUACACGUUAAUUUAACAUGGUUUUGUUUCUUGAAAUCUGUUUUGAUUUGUGUACUUUUUGCAUACUCGAUGUGGAGUUAAGUAAUCUGGUGUUAUUGUGUUCU